ACCUUCUUUCAUUGCUCCAAUCGACAAUGGAGGCCUCUGCGCUUUUCUCUACUGCCUUCUGCCCACCUUCCCUUCGCCUCCGAUCUCGUCUUCUCUCUAAAUCUCCGCCGCAGGUCUUCUCCACCACAAAACCCACUUUCCCUCCCCUUCUCCGAUCACCACAAACCACCACCACCAACCCUCGCCGCCUCUUCUUGACCACCACCACUAAACCCUCCCUCUUCACUUCCCUCUCAAGACCUGUUAAACCCGUCUUAGCUUCAUCCACCAAUGAGAAUUCGAUUACUGAAUCCCCUAAAUCGCAAUUACAAGGCGCAAAGAUCGUUCCUCUAGUACUCUCAGUCGCGAUCGGUUUACUAGUACGUUUCGUUGUUCCAAAACCGGUUGAAGUCACUGCACAAGCAUGGCAACUCCUCGCGAUUUUCGUCUCCACCAUCGCCGGACUUGUUCUCUCUCCGUUACCCGUCGGCGCGUGGGCUCUUUUAGGUCUCACCACCACCAUUGUAACCAAAACCCUAACAUUCACAACGGCGUUUAGCGCCUUCACCAAUGAAGUCAUUUGGUUGAUUGUGAUUUCCUUCUUCUUUGCUCGUGGGUUUGUUAAGACUGGAUUAGGGGAUCGAAUUGCAACCUAUUUCGUGAAAUGGUUAGGAAAAAGUACAUUGGGUUUGUCGUAUGGGUUGACUUUGAGCGAAGCUUUGAUUGCUCCGGCGAUGCCCAGUACCACCGCCAGGGCCGGCGGCGUCUUCUUGCCCAUUAUUAAGUCGUUAUCACUGUCAGCUGGAAGUAAACCUAACGAUCCAUCUGCGAGAAAAUUGGGCUCAUAUCUUAUUCAGUCUCAAUUCCAGUGUGCUGGCAAUUCUAGCGCGCUUUUUCUGACUGCCGCAGCUCAAAACCUCUUGUGUUUGAAAUUGGCGGAGGAACUUGGCUUAGUCAUUGCAAGUCCAUGGGUUUCUUGGUUCAAGGCCGCUAGUUUACCUGCUUUCGUUUCACUUCUACUGACUCCAUACAUCUUGUACAAAAUUUACCCUCCUGAAACCAAAGAUACACCGGAUGCCCCUGCCAUGGCUGCAAAGAGGCUUGAAGCUAUGGGCCCUGUUACAACUAACGAAUGGGUGAUGAUCGGCACCAUGCUUCUUGCCGUCUCUCUAUGGGUAUUUGGGGAUGCUAUCGGAAUAGCGAGUGUCGUUACUGCAAUGUUGGGGUUAUCGGUACUCUUGUUGCUAGGAGUUCUUGAAUGGGAUGAUUGCUUAAGUGAAAAAUCGGCAUGGGAUACUUUAUCUUGGUUCGCAGUACUCGUGGGCAUGGCCGGUCAAUUGACGAACCUUGGAAUCGUAUCGUGGAUGUCUAAUUGUGUUGCUAAAUUCCUUCAAUCCUUCUCGUUGAGCUGGCCAGCCGCAUUUGGUGUUCUUCAGGGGGCUUACUUCAUAAUCCACUACAUGUUUGCUAGUCAAACCGGCCACGUUGGAGCCUUAUACUCCGCCUUUCUUGCCAUGCACUUGGCAGCCGGAGUGCCUGCUAUAUUGGCAGCACUUGCAUUAGCUUACAACACCAACUUAUUUGGUGCUCAAACUCAUUACAGCAGCGGUCAAGCCGCCGUUUACUUUGGAGCGGGUUACGUGGAGCUCCCAGAUGUAUUCAAGAUCGGAUUCAUAAUGGCUUGUGUUAACGCGGUGAUCUGGACAGUAGUCGGGGGCGUAUGGUGGAAGUUCUUGGGGUUGUACUGAUUGCUCAAGUUGAUAGAUAUCUUUGGUUUCAUGAGAGGAGCAUACAAGUAAAAAGAAGAAGAAAGUAGUUUUGAAGUUUUGACCUCUUGGCUGUAUGUAGACUUGAGUGUAGCAAAAAGACUUGAUUGGGAAAUCAAAUUGUUGUUCGUUUGUUGUUGGGA